GCGCGCUGCUUGUAAACAAGGAAGUAGACGUACGCUCUAAUUCCAUCAAUGAAAACUAUUAUGUAGAUGUGGCGUCGUAGAGGAACUGUCAACUCGACACAGACACACGUUGUAUAUCUCUAAUUCAGUUUCUAAGCAAUAAUGAAAGCAGCUAGAAGCAAUGUGUUGAUUGCUGGAGCUCCAAACAACAAGGUCAAGUAUUCACGGCUGGCUGCUGACGAUGACGGUUACAUAGACUUGCAGUUCAAGAAAAGCCCACCAAAGGUCCCUUACAAGGCGAUUGCACUGGCAGUGUUUCUGUUUUUGAUUGGCUCUUUAUUGAUAAUCUUUGGGGCUCUUCUUCUCUCAGGGACCAUAGAGGUUGAGCAUCCAGACCGCACCAUCCCUGUCAUCAUCAUCGGGCUGCUUGUUUUCCUCCCUGGGUUUUACCAUUUGAGAAUCGCCUACUUUGCUGCAAAGGGUUACCGGGGUUACUCAUACGAAGACAUCCCAGAUUUUGGUGACUGAGCUGAAAGUCGACAGCUGAUUGGUGGAUUAUCCUUUUUAUUUUGAGACUGUUACCAGCUCUUUACUUGGAGCUUCUGAAUGUAUGUAGCAAAUUAAACUCUAUCUCCAUGCUGUCAGUGCAAACAGUGCACUGCUUGCUGUUGUCACCUCUUUUUUGUUAUAAUUUUAUAAUCUUUUAUUAAUCAGCUCUUAGAAGCUUUACAGACCUUAGAUGCUUUUUAUAUCUAUACUAAUGACAGUGAGUCAAAUACUUGAUGAGUAGAGGACGUCAGACCAGCAAUAGUUCAGCAGCAUGUCACUCUUGAACACCACUUAUCAUUCUUUCAAAAGAAUGUUACAAUCCUUGUCUGUGUGAUGAAACGGCGUAGACUGAUGCCUUUUAGAAAAUACUUUUAGAAAAUACUUAAUCAGGAUGGCUGAAAAUCUUUGUGUUUUUGCACAGCUGUUUUUGUAGCAUAUCUUAAACAGAUAUUUAAUUCUCCUGAAGGAUUAUAUUUUUAAGUGCUGUCCAAAGAUUGUUGAAGUGCUGAAUAUUUUUCGUGCUUAGUCAUUCAACUGUUGGAUAUCAAAGAAAGCUGUAUUUUUACAUACUUUUGGCUUGAUUUGAACGAAAUGAAAUAAAAGUAAA